AUGGAGCAAGCUAUGUCAUACUCAAUAGUGGUGCGUUCUCUGGGUAGGAACUUCACCUUUGCGGCAAUUAAAAAGACAUGCUUGGCACUCUGGAAGCCCGAGGGAGACAUCAAUUUGGUGGAUUCUAUUGAUGGGUAUCACGAGGACAACGGUGCACAGUCGAUGACCGUUGUUACCAACGGGCAAGAGGAAAAAGAAGGGCCACCACCAACAGCCUCUGAAAGUUUGGAAAAGUCAGCACGAGUGUCGAUGCAACUCAAACCCACCCCAAAUAUUAGCGAGUGAAGUUACACACAAAGGAGGGGAAGGAGACCGGUCUUUGGAGGAAAUUUUCCGGGUAACGCAGGGGGACUCCUUAAUCAUAGAGGACACAGAUCGUAGCAUUCAAUGACAAACCUUUUUGCCCCACUGGACGGCCUACCACAGGAGGCUCUGAG